AUGGCACGUUUCGGUGAGAACGACUAUAUCGAUUUGCUGGGUGAUGGCAGUGUUCAUCCAGCACAACUUCAAUACCAUACACCGCCAUGGCUACGCGGUUUCCCCGGACAGCAUCGUGCCAACGAACUGAUCAAGCUGAUUCACUAUCGUAAUUUGCAUAGACAAAAAAUGCAAAUCAAUUCACCGCGAAGAUGGCACGAACUGCAGAAACGAAUCUCGUAUUUGUUGCAGAAGCACAAUUAUGAGAAACAGGACGAACUGAGAGAUGAACGCAAUUUGGGUAUUUGGGAUGAGAAACCGGAUUAUUUCUAUAAGGACAAAUCGAGGCGGAGCUAUAAGGAUCUUGUUUAG